CCCCACGCGAUAUUGCUGACAGUUCCAUUUAAAAUGGCCACGCGGUGUGUGAUGCAGCGGGUAGUUUUUCCUAUUUUUAUAAUAAUUAUAUCCUUAACAAAUAUACUUGGAGUAACUGGUACUCCCUACGUCACUUACAGCUCCGUUUUAAAAUUAUUAAAUGUUGACUAUAAAGUAAGGUUGCACUCUCACGAUGUCAAGUAUGGCAGUGGAAGUGGACAACAAUCCGUAACAGCAACAGAAGUUGAGACUGAUGCUAAUUCAUAUUGGUUUGUCAAGGGUCCCACUAAAAAACCAUUCACCAGAGGAGAACCUAUAAAAUGUGGAGAUACGGUAAGAUUCGAGCAUGUAAAUACCAAAAAAAAUCUUCAUUCCCAUUUAAUGCGCUCACCAUUGAGCGGCAAGCAAGAAGUAUCAGCUUAUGGUGACCAAAAAGGCGAGGGUGAUUCGGGUGAUCACUGGAUGGUUGUUUGUAAUUCAGAAUAUUGGGAUAGACGUGAACCAGUUACUCUCCAGCAUAUCGAUACUCAAGUAUUUUUAUCUGUAAGCGGAAGAUCGUACGGAUCUCCAAUUGCGGGGCAAAUGGAAGUAGUCGGAGAACACUCGGUACAUAGUGGGUACACGCAAUGGCAAGCGAUGGAAGGACUUUUCAUCAACCCGACAAGCUUACACGGCAGUAGGCACGAUGAACUUUAG